AUGGGGGAUGAUUUCCCCGACCUCACGGGCUACGACGAUGACCGGCUCCGUGAGUUCUGUGCUGGCCGCCAGCUCCCUCUCCAGUUCGUCAAGCAGUUCGUGCAGACGCAGAGGCAGAUCUUCGAGGCGGCCGAUGAGCUGGCUACGAUCAAGAAGCGGCCCCUCGAAGGCGCACUGGCAGAGCACGAUCAGCAUCGAAUGGGGGAGCUCAUUGCCCAGCAGACCGCAGCCCGUGCGACCGAGCGCCUGCGGAGGGCCAAGGAUGCAGUGGGCGUUCAUUUGAAGGACUUGUUCAAGGCUGCGGUCCAGCAGAUGCCAAUGGCUGGACUUUAG